CACGCACCCGAGUGCAGGUAAAUAGAGCUGAACAGCCUGAACACUGGCGUUCCUGCCUCCAUGCCUUGAGGUACACGUGUGACGACAGGAUGGAGACGGAGAGUGAGAGCAGCACUUCGGGAGAUGACAGUGUCUUUUGGUUGGAUUCUGAACUUGUCACCCAGGCGACUGACAGUGAAGGGGAAGGAAGGGAAGAAACCUGCAGGAAGAUGAAGUCCUCGGUACAUUCUGAAGAGGAUGAUUUUGUUCCAGAACUACACAGAAACGUCCACCCUCGAGAGCGGCCCGAUUGGGAGGAAACACUGAGUGCAAUGGCAAGAGGAGCAGAUGUGCCUGAGAUUCCGGGAGACCUUAGCCUUAAGACAUGUGGCAGUACAGCUAGUAUGAAGGUUAAACAUGUGAAAAAACCCACCAAUCCAGGACUGAUGGGCUGCGACAACAUGCACAGGUUGCCCUUCACCAAAGGCCACUUUCCGAAGAUGGCUGAAUGCGCCCAUUUCCACUACGAGAACGUUGAGUUUGGCAGCAUACAGCUCUCCCUGUCAGAAGAGCAGAACGAUGUAACGAAAAACGGCUGCGAAUCGAAAGAGCUGGUCUACCUCGUGCACAUCGCUUGUCAGGGCAAAAGUUGGAUUGUUAAAAGAAGUUACGAAGAUUUUCGAGUACUUGACAAGCAUCUUCAUCUGUGUAUUUAUGACCGAAGGUUCUCCCAGCUCUCAGAGCUUCCCCGUUCCGAUGCCCUGAAGGACAGUCCAGAGUCCGUCACUCAGAUGCUUAUGGCUUACCUGUCCCGGCUUUCAGCUAUUGCUGGCAACAAGAUCAACUGUGGACCUGCCCUUACUUGGAUGGAGAUUGAUAAUAAGGGCAAUCACCUUCUAGUCCACGAAGAGUCAUCCAUUAACACGCCUGCUGUCGGUGCAGCCCAUGUUAUCAAGAGGUACACUGCUCGGGCCCCUGAUGAACUGACCUUAGAGGUGGGCGACAUCGUUUCUGUGAUCGACAUGCCCCCAAAAGUGUUGAGCACGUGGUGGAGAGGCAAGCACGGAUUUCAGGUGGGGCUCUUCCCUGGACACUGUGUGGAGUUAAUUAAUCAGAAAGUCCCCCAGUCAGUGACCAACUCAGUGCCAAAACCAGUGUCUAAAAAGCACGGCAAGCUCAUCACUUUCUUACGCACAUUCAUGAAGUCUCGACCAACAAAACAGAAGCUGAAGCAGCGGGGGAUCUUGAAAGAGAGGGUGUUUGGUUGUGACCUGGGGGAGCACCUUCUCAAUUCUGGUUUUGAAGUCCCCCAGGUUCUUCAGAGCUGCACGGCGUUCAUCGAGAGAUAUGGCAUUGUGGACGGAAUAUAUCGCCUCUCUGGCGUUGCCUCCAAUAUCCAGAGGCUACGCCAUGAAUUUGACUCUGAACAUGUCCCCGACUUGACAAAAGAACCGUACGUUCAGGACAUCCAUUCCGUGGGCUCCCUGUGCAAGCUGUAUUUCCGAGAGCUCCCAAACCCUCUGCUCACCUACCAGCUGUAUGAGAAAUUUUCAGACGCUGUCUCAGCAGCGACAGAUGAAGAAAGGCUGAUCAAGAUUCAUGACGUCAUCCAGCAGCUGCCCCCGCCACACUACAGGACACUGGAGUUCCUCAUGAGACACUUGUCACUUUUAGCUGACUAUUGUUCCAUCACAAAUAUGCAUGCAAAAAACCUAGCAAUUGUUUGGGCUCCCAACCUGCUCAGAUCAAAACAGAUCGAGUCCGCCUGCUUCAGCGGCACGGCGGCCUUCAUGGAAGUGAGGAUUCAGUCUGUGGUCGUCGAGUUCAUCCUCAACCACGUGGACGUCCUCUUCAGUGGGAAAAUCAGCGAGGUCAUUCAGGAAGGGGCAGCUUCUCUCUCCAGGCCCAAGUCCCUGCUGAUUUCCUCGCCAUCCACCAAGCUGCUGACCUUGGAGGAAGCCCAGGCAAGAACCCAAGCUCAGAUCAAUUCUCCGCUUGUGACUGAAAACAAGUACAUUGAAGUGGGGGAAGGACCUGCCGCACUACAGGGGAAAUUCCACACCAUCAUCGACUUCCCGCUGGAAAGGAGGAGGCCUCAGAACAAGAUGAAAAAGUCCCCUGUGGGCAGCUGGCGCUCCUUUUUCAACUUGGGGAAAUCGUCCUCCGUUUCCAAGCGGAAGCUGCAGCGCAAUGAGAGUGAGCCCUCGGAGAUGAAGGCCAUGGCUCUGAAAGGUGGCAGGGCAGAGGGAACCCUCCGAUCCGCCAAGAGCGAAGAGUCUCUUACUUCUCUCCAUGCAGUCGAUGGUGACGCCAAGCUGUUCCGGCCCAGGAGGCCGCGGUCCAGCAGCGACGCCCUGAGCGCCUCUUUCAACGGAGAAAUGCUGGGGAACCGCUGUAACUCCUACGACAACCUGCCCCACGACAACGAGAGCGAGGACGACGUGGGGCUGCUCCACAUCCCAGCCCUGGUGUCUCCGCCUUCGGCCGAGGAUGUGGACCUGAGCCCGCCGGACAUGGGCGUGGCCAGCCUGGACUUCGACCCCAUGUCCUUUCAGUGCAGCCCCCCGAAGGCCGAGGCCGAGGGCCCCGAGAGCGGCGCGGCCUUUUUAGACUCCCCCACGGGACACCCCAAGGAUAAACCGAGUGCAAAUAAAAGGGACCCGGAAGCCGGCGGCAGCCGGGCCCAGACCCCGGGGAGCACUGCCAGUUCUGAGCCCGUGUCGCCUCUGCAGGAGACCCCGAGCCCCUUCUUCACCCUGGACUUGAGCCCGAGCGAAGAGAAACCCGCCAAGCCAGCCUCCUUCACGGAGAAGGUCGUCUACGCGUUCUCGCCGAAUAUCGGACGGAAGCUAAGCAAAUCACCUUCGAUGAACAUCUCCGAGCCCAUUUCAGUGACCCUUCCCCCUCGGGUGUCAGAAGUCAUCAGCGCGGCCUCCGCCACGGCCUCCGCCACGGCCUCCGCCACGGCAGCCCAGACACGAUCUCCUCCCACCUGGCACACGGGUGUCGACGAAAGCGCCGUCGGAACUAGAUCCCCUCCCCAGGUAGGAAAGAUGAAGGCAGACGAGAGGGAGGCGCUGGAAGGAUGCGAGCCCGGAGUCCAGCCCCCAGGCCUGGCGGCGGCCGCAGAGGCAGAGGUGCCGGCAAAGGAGAAGGAGGAGCCGUGCGUGUCCGACGGUCAGAGUAAGGCUGUCCCUUCUGGACAGGCUCAGACAGGAGCAGCUACCCAUGACCCCCCUCAGGAGGCCAUUCCUGUCAGUUCAGUGUCUCUUAUCCCACCGCCACCGCCUCCGAAAAACGUUGCCCGCCUGUUGGCGCUGGCGUUAGCCGAGUCCGCACAGCAGGCCUCCACCCAGUCGCUGAAGAGACCAGGCGCUUGCCAGUCUGCUCCUGUGAACCAUGGAGACGUGGCAGGGGCUGCCGCCGAAGAGACCCUGCCUACUUACCGCCCUCACGUCACUCUGGACAAAGCCCAUGUCCCAGCCGAUGGGCCCGCAGAGCACUUUCUCCUCCCGAACCCCGCAUCCGGGAGCUGCCAGCAGCUCCCGCCCGACCCGGCCGCCGCCCGGGACCAAGCCCGUGCCAGCGCCCCCGAGCCCGGGCAGCAGCCCCGCCAGGCCGACUUCCAGCCCCAUCCAGCCUGUGCACCGGGGGGCCCAGAACAGGCCAGCACCACUGCCGGCCCCUUAAGAGACUCGAAGUCUGACGAGCACAUCGGUUUCCCGGACGACCAGUCUGGGAAGACCACCGGGCCGACCGUCUCCUUUGCGGAUCAGGACCAGACUCAAGUUCACUUCUACAGCGGAGAUCAGCCGCCUUCUUACCUCGGUGCAAGUGUGGAUAAGCCCCAUCACCCCUCACAACUCACUGACAAAUCUCCCACACCCUCUCGAGACAAACCCUACCCUCCUUCCGGGUCCCCCGAGGAGCCUGUCAGCACAGCCAGCCUGGCUUACGUGGCUGUGGCAGCGGCUGCGGCUGACACCGGUGCCUGGGAAGCCAGCUGGGACCCGGCGGACCAGCCCACCGCGGCAGAUUUUGCCGCCGCCACCCUUCAGCGUCCGCACAGAACCCACCGGCCCCUUCCCCCACCUCCUUCCCAGAGACCAGCAGAGCCGUUACCAGGCCUGGGGCAGGUACCAGCAGCCGCCUGCGUAGGAUUAAAUAAUUCCCACAAGGUCCCGGGAGUAGUUCCCACUCCGGAGAGGCCCCCGGAACCCAGGGCCGCAGAUGACCCUGCUCCCGGCCUGGUGGGUGACGGCGGGGCUGCCGCUCCGUGUCCCGCGUCUGCCCCCGCUGUGUGUCCUGCUGUCCAGCCGGGCCUCCCCGAAAAGCUGCGGGAAGGUCCCCGCGCGCCCCCGCUGCACCUGCGUGCGGAGUCCGCCCCCGUACACGCCCCCUGCGGCUUCCCGGCCCCGGUGCCCCCCACCCGGACGAUGGAGAGUAAAGUCGCGGCCGCCAUCCACUGCAGCGGGGCGGAGGCGGCCGGCGGCGCCGGUUACCACCCCUUCGCCUCCACCGCCUCGGCCGUCGGGGACGACCUCUUGCCUUUGCCACUUCCCGUCCCGCAGCCGAAGCACGCGCCGCAGAAAGCCGCUUACUCCACCUUCGCGAGGCCCGAUGUCGCCCCUGAGCCCUUCGGUCCGGAAAACUGUGUGCAUUUCAACAUGACUCCAAACUGCCAGUACCGCCCCCAGAGCGUGCCUCCCCAUCACAGCAGCCUGGAGCCGCACCCCGCCUACGGGGCCCGGUCCGAGCCGCCAGCCGCCCUGGGCCCCCGUUACAACACCUACGUGGCCCCGGGGAGGAGCGCGUCGGGACACCACGCCAAGCCGUGCGGCCGGGUCGAGUAUGUGUCUUCCCUGAGCUCAUCUCUUCGGGGCGCUUGCUACCCAGAAGACAUCCCCCCGUACCCCACCAUCCGGAGGGUGCAGUCUCUCCACACCCCUCCGGCUGCCAUGAUCCGCUCUGUCCCCAUCUCCCGGACGGAGGUUCCCCCCGACGACGAGCCGGCCUACUGCCCGAGGCCCCUGUACCAGUACAAGCCACACCCGGCCUCCCAGGCCCGCUCGGACUACCACGUCACGCAGCUGCAGCCUUACUUCGAGAACGGCCGGGUGCACUACCGGUACAGCCCCUACUCCAGCUCCUCCGGCUCCUACUACAGCCCCGACGGGGCCCUGUGCGACGUGGACGCCUACGGCACCGUGCAGCUGCGGCCCCUGCACCGCCUGCCCGGCCGCGACUUCGCCUUCCACAACCCCCGGCUGCAGGGCAAGAGCCUGUACGGCUACGGCGGGCUGCCGCCCCGGCCCCGGGCCACCCUGACCGGCUAUUUCUCCGGGAACGACCACGGCGUCGUCCACGUGCCCCCGGCCGCCGACGGGAAGCACGCUUACACCUCGUGGGACUUGGAGGACAUGGAGAAGUACCGCAUGCAGUCCAUCCGCAGGGAGAGCCGGGCCCGGCAGAAGGUGAAGGGGCCCGUCAUGUCCCAGUACGACAACAUGAGCCCGGCCCUGCAGGACGAGCUGGGGGGCAUCUAUGUCAUCCACCUGCGCAGCAAAUCCGAUCCUGGGAAAACUGGACUUCUCUCCGUGGCCGAGGGGAAGGAGGCCCGGCCCCCAGGGAAGGCCCUCAGCCCCGAGGGUGGCGACCCCUUCUACCGGAAGCACCCGGAGGCCGAGCUGGACAGGGCCCAUCACCACGGCGGGCACGGCGGGCACGGCAACGGGCAGCCGGAGAAACCGUCCCUCCCGCAGAAGCAGAGCAGCCUCAGGAACCGCAAGCUCCACGACGCGGGCUGCGGCCUCCCCGAGCACAGGGCACACCAGGAAGCAAGCCAUAGGCACCUGUGCGAGCCGAAAAACGGGCCCCCGCACCCCCAGGGAGCCGGCCACUUAGAUUAUGGGUCCAAAGGGAGUCCGGACGCCUGCGAGCCCGCCAGCUACCACAACUCUGGAGGGAAGUACAUGACCGUGGGCCCCGAGUCUUUGCGACUGAACCACAAAGAGGCGAGGCUCUGCAAAGAGCUGGAGAGGCCUCGGGCCCGGCAGCCCCCCGCCCCAGACAAGCACCCCCGAGACUGCUACGCGGAGGAGGAGCCGCUGGGCCAGGCCUCGGUCCCACCGCCGAAGCCGGAGCGGAGUCACAGCCUGAAGCUCCAUCACACCCAGAGCGGGGAGCGGGACCCCGGGGCGCUGUGCCAGUACCCCGCGCACGGCCGGCGCCAGGGCAGCCUGGCCACCGUGUCCCAGUACGACAACCUGGAGGGCUACCACUCCCCGCCCCAGCUCCAGCGAGGAGGCUUCGCCGGAGGGGCCGUGGGGGCCUACCUGCCCCCUGGCUUCGCCCACCCACAGAGCAGGACCUACGCCACCGCGCUGGGGCAGGGCGCCUUCCUGCCCGCGGAGCUGUCCCUGCAGCACCCCGAAACCCAGGUCCAUGCGGAAUGAGCCCCGAGAGCAAUAGAGUUGAAGCAGCCUCUGCUGGACAGUGGACUGUUCUAUUUUUUUUUCAGUAACCAAAAAGAUUAAAAAAAAAAAAAGAAAAGAAAAAAAGCUACAAACCCCCCCCAACCACAUUCAGAAACAAAGCAUAGUAAGAAAAAUCAAUCGCCACCUUUCUCCCCUUUCCUGUUUCAUUUCCGCCUCUAAGGACUCGCUUUGUCACUAGACGAGAUCCGAGUGGCUGUAAAGCACGGUGUUGACAACCUGGUAGAGAGCCUGUCGCCACCUAGUGCGCACCCGUGAGACCCGAGGACUGCGGGGACCUGCGUUGGGAUGUGGCUUUGUCCUUCCUCGUGCCGGCUGUGUAUCUCAGAGCGGUGGCCAUCCGUUCCCUUUUGCAUUCCUUGCCGACGCGUCCAGGGCCCGCGGCGCUGGCUCUGGCUGGCACUCAGUUCCCACGUCAAUCUCCCCGUCUCGUGUGAAAUUCCAACUGAGAAAAAAACCCCGAUCCUUCAGCUAAGUCAGUUGAACCUUUAGCAGAUUCUGACUAAAACAUACAGGAAGUAAGAGUAAGCAUUUAGUAAAGAGUCAUCAUUAAGAGUCAAACCAUGUCGGCCCAGGUUGCCCCAUGUCCUGUGCAUCCUUAUUUCUCACAGGCGUGUCUCAGCUCCGAGAACAGGCGCAGAUCCCCAUCAGGCUCAGAACCCCAGCAGGCUCAGGUCCCCAGCAGGCUCAGAUCCCCAGCAGGCUCAGAUCCCCAGCAGGCGCAGAUCCCCAGCAGGCUCAGAUCCCCAGCAGGCGCAGAUCCCCAGCAGGCUCAGAUCCCCAGCAGGCUCAGAUCCCCAUCAGGCUCAGGUCCCCAGGGAAGAGAUGGUCAAAGGCAGAAGCAGACAUUCACAGGUGGGCGCCAGGGGGCGCUGUUAGCACCAGAGAGCGCUGUCCCUGCUUCCAGUGGGCCCUCUGCCUUCAGUUUCCAUUUCCCUUAAGGAGCGUUAGUGACUUGUAACCCCAGUAAAAAACAUCUCACACCAUUUGUUUCCCUAAAGCAACUUUUCCCAUUAAAAAUGAAAACAACCCCCAGCAUGGUUUGACUAGCUAGACACGUAAUUGAUCGUGAUGGCAAACCUACACGUUAAUUUUCUGUUUCUCCACCGGACUGCAGGUUUCCUGGGAAUCCUUAAAAGUAGCUCUGUAGUCCCUGUUAGUAAACCUGCAAUAGUACCCAGCCCCGUUUCACCGUGGGCAUUCCGGGCAGUUACGUGCCUGCCCUGAGGAAUGGCGUGCCGUUUGCUCACUCCCUCUGCUAUCACAGUCUACUGUAACUGCCAUCGACACCAGCAUUUCCGGUACCAUUCUGAUAACUCUGUGGGGCAUGUUCCACAUGCCCCGCGCCCAGAACUUUCUUUUGAAAGUUGCACUCAUUCCUGAUUCGAGUUGGACCUCUAGCCCAACGCAAUUCCAUUUUCUCAGCUCACCCCCAACGCGCGCGCCAGGCGAGCCAGGCAGUCCUGCCUUCACAUGGACGCGUUUCGAUUGUCAUUUCAUUCCAGGACUCUGAGUAACACUUGAUUUUUAUACAUUCACACCUGGGGGCUUUCAUUCCAUUCACUGGAUGGUCGCUGCUCUGGCUUUUUUUAAAACUUGGAAUUUACUUGUAUUUAGAGCAAAGGAAGAAAUCUUUUAAGAGGCUAAAUUUAUGCUGCUAUUAUUGCUGUGAAUUUGUAUAAAGAUUAGGAGUCAUGCCAGUUCCUUUUUUAUUUAAUAAAAACAAAAAAAACACACACGUGUGAUUGCAUUUUAAGGGUUUAUGUUUAGAAAAAGAAAUUAAGUUUUAGGAAUAACACAUUUAUUUAUAUGUGAAAAUACUCGGUAAGGUUUUCCUUGGUUCCCCUAGAAUUGAUCAGAGGGACUCCCUCAGGAUCCUGGUAGAAGAAACCCUGAGAUCGAUCUGUGAAGAGGCCUGUGGGCUGUGGGCCUUCCCGUUAAAGGUGCAGACCCGGC